AUGGAUAAUGAUAGAGAAUCAUUCAUCGCAUUCACAGAGAGAGAUGAUUUCGAUAAAGAUCAAAAAUUAAAUAGUGAUUUUUAUCCAGAUCCUAAAUAUGGAUAUUCAUUACUUGAAAUAUGUUGUUAUCACGGAUCUGUUGAUUGUUUCAAGUUAUUGAUCACUAAAUUCAAAUCAGAAAUCACGAAAACAUGUCUUCAAUUUUCAUUUUUAAGUGGAAAUGCAGACAUCAUGAGUGAAUGCCUGAAAGCAGUUCAACCAGACAAAGAAUGCAUGGAAUAUGCAAUUAUAUCACACAAUAUUGAUUUUGUUACAUUCCUAAUGAACGAGCACAAUAUCGAAAUUGAUUUAUCCAAUUGUAGUACUUACCAUAAUCUACAAGCAUUUUUAGUGUUAAUAGAUCACACUAAUGAUAUUAACAAUUGUUUUCUUGUAUCUGUUUGUUUCAAUAUUCCAUCUCUAUGCGAAUAUUUUAUUUCUCUUGGUGCAGAUAUCAAAACCAAAGAUGAUGAAGGACAAAAUGCUCUCUUCCAUGCUGCAAAAUAUAAUUGCAAAGAAAUAACAGAAUUCCUUAUUUCACAUGGUUUAGAUGUCAAUUCAAAAGAUAAUGAAGGAAAUACUCCACUUCAUAUUGCUGCAACUAAAAAUAGCAAGGAAGCAGCAAAAAUUUUAAUUGCUAAUGGUGCAAAUAUUAAUGCAAAAGAUAAACACAAAAUGCGUCCUCUUCAUUGGGCAGCAAAUUGUAACAAUUUGGAAAUUGCAGAUCUUCUUAUUUCAUAUGAAGCAUAUCUAAAUAAAAAAGAUGAUCUGGGAAGAACACCACUGCAUUAUAGUGCAUCAAAGAAUUGUAUUGAAACCUUGAAACUUCUUAUCGAUAAUGGAGUUGAUAUGGAAGCAACAGAUUCAGAUGGACGUACUCCUCUUUUUAUUGCAGCACAAGCAAAUAGUAAAGAAGCGCUUGAAAUUUUGCUCUCUCAUCAUGCCAUUAUUCAGCCAGAAUUUUCAUAUUAUGGUCUUACUGCACUUCAUUUUGCAGCAAUUGGUAAUAGUAAAAUAUGUGCCGAAAUUCUUUUAUCGCAUCGAGACUAUAAAAAUGCAAAAACUCAUGGUGGAGAUACUCCUCUUCAUUUAGCUGCAUUAUUUAAUAGCAAAGAAACUGCUGAACUUCUCAUAUCAAAUAAAGUUGAUAUCAAUGCUACAAAUAAAGAUAUGCAAACAGCUCUGUAUUUUGCGGCAGAAGGUAAUAGUAAAGAUACAGCAGAAAUUUUAAUUACAAAUGGACUUUUAGUCAUGACAAGAGAUAAAUAUGGAAAAACUGCACUUCAUUAUGCCGCUGAAAAUAAUUGUAUAGAAACAGCAGAUCUACUCAUUUCAAAUGCUGGAGAUAUUAAUGCAAAUGAUAAAAAAGGAUUUACAGCUCUUCAUAUUGCUGCUCAGAAAAAUUAUAAAGAAAUUGCUUUUCUCCUUAUUUCCCAUGCUGCUGAUGUCAACGCAAUUGAAUUGAAAAGAAAAACACCACUUCAUUAUGCAGCAAUGAAUAAUUGCAUCGAAACAGUUGAGCUUCUUAUUUCUAAUGGAGCUGAUAUAAAUGCCAAAGAUAACAAAGAGAAGACGCCUCUCUACUAUGCCUUAAAAAAGGACAGAAAGGAAAUUGCCGAAAUACUUCUUUCGCGUGGAGCAGAUCAGGUUGAUGUACAAAAAUGCUCAUUACAAUAG